CGUACACGGAGCUGUCAAACAAUGAUCUGCUGGAUGUGUGUAUUGUCUAUAUUGUUUUAAAAUAUAUUUAUGAAAGUCUUAACAUUUAACACAUAUUACUCGUAAUUAGUUCAUGUAUUAUUUUGGAUUCUUUACGUAUUGUUUAAAAAUAUAACUAUAAAACUACUGUGGGUGCUAUAACUACUAUUACUAUUAAGUCCCUACCGCUGUCUUUUAGUGAUGUUUUAAAUUACUGGGUCUCAGUACAAUACAACCGAGUCUCAAAACAAAUAUGCGGCUUUGCAUGUAAUAGUCCGAUGGUAACGUUACUGUAGAACAACGCAGUUUUUCACAUCGAGUAAAAAGCGCAAUCGCUUUCCAUUGGCCCAACCCUACAUAUCUGAGCCAACCAUCCAAUCACAGAACUGUGCGUAGAGCAAAGCGAAGCGAAUUGUCGUCAUGUCGAAAAAGAGAAGCCAACGGGAAUCCCACAAUGCCAGGCGAGGGACCUCCUGUCGGAGAGUGAAGCUCCGCUGAUUUCAAUGAAAAGAGCAGUAAUGCAGAGGGAUGUAAGAUGGCAGAGCUACAAAUGUUGUUAGAGGAAGAGAUCCCGGCUGGAAAACGAGCCCUUGUGGAGAGCUACCAAAACCUUUCGAGGGUUGCGGAAUAUUGCGAGAAUAAUUAUGUGCAGGCACAAGACAAGAGGAAAGCCCUCGAGGAGACCAAAGCCUACACCACCCAAUCUCUGGCUAGCGUGGCCUAUCAGAUCAAUGCCUUAGCCAACAAUGUGCUGCAGCUGUUGGAUAUUCAGGCGUCACAGCUGCGCAGGAUGGAGUCCUCCAUCAACCACAUCUCUCAGACUGUGGACAUUCAUAAAGAGAAAGUCGCCAGACGAGAGAUCGGGAUUCUCACCACCAACAAAAAUACAUCUCGGACCCACAAGAUCAUUGCCCCUGGCAACAUGGAGCGGCCGGUGCGCUACAUCAGGAAGCCCAUCGAUUACACCCUGCUGGAUGAUGUGGGCCACGGUGUUAAAUGGCUUAAAGCUAAGCAAGGGAAUAACCAACCGGCUCGAGGAAGUGGAGGAACUUUAUCCAGGACCAACCCACCUACACAGAAGCCCCCCAGCCCACCCAUGGCAGGGAGGGGUACUCUGGGAAGAAACACUCCAUAUAAGACCCUUGAGCCAGUCAAGCCUCCUGUGGUGCCUAAUGACUACAUGACCAGCCCGGCACGACUGGGCAGUCAAAACAGCCCUGGACGCACAGCCUCUCUCAACCAGAGACCCAGAACACACAGUGGCAGCAGUGGGGGCAGUGGUGGUCGAGAGAACAGCUGCAAUAGUAUGGGAAUUCCUCUGGCUGUGCCUACACCCUCCCCUCCCAGUAUGGCACCAGUUCCUCCAGGUCCAGGUUUGGGCCCCAUCCCGAUGUCUCAGUUUGGGACGAUCUCUCGGCAGGUCUCCAGACACAAUUCCUCUACAACUUCUUCCUCCGCGUCUAUGGUGUCAGCUACAGGCACCUACCGGCGUGCCCCUGCCAGCUCUUCGCAGUUCUCUGUGCCUCAGCCCCACCUGAACGGGGGACCUACGUACCCCCCGAACACAAUGUGUGUCGCCCCGCCACCUCCGCCUGUGGUGCAGCUGACGCCUCAGAUUCCCCUCACUGGGUUUGUGGCCAGAGUUCAGGAGAAUAUUACAGACAGUCCAUCUCCACCCCCUCCUCCUCUACCUGAGGACACGCUCAUGUUUGAGGAGGCAGCUCCGCCCCCUCCACCUCCACCUGUGGAUUAUGAUGAAGAUGAUGCAGCCCUGGUGCACUAUAAUGACCCAUAUGCUGAUGGAGACCCCCACUGGGCCCCAAAGAUUUAUAUGGAGAAGGUGGUGGCCAUCUAUGACUACACAAAGGACAAAGACGAUGAGCUUUCCUUCAUAGAGGGCGCCAUCAUCUACAUCAUCAAGAAAAAUGACGACGGAUGGUUCGAGGGUGUGUCUAAUGGUGUGACCGGACUGUUUCCUGGCAACUACGUUGAAUCCAUCAUGCACUAUGCUGACUAAUGCUCAGUUCCAAUCAGCUACAAACAUUACAAAGUGCAUUAAGAUUUGACUGAAUGUUUUUGUCCAAUCGCCAAUGUAUCAAGGCAUCUACAAUGCACAUUGGAUUAUGAAAAGAAAAAAAAAAGAUUGCCUGAUAUGUUUUGUACAUAUAUUACAGUGAGACGUUGACUGUAGGCUUUUGCUAGUGUUUGUUUUCAUGUGUUUUGUCAGUGUACUGACUUUGAGUGUUUGCAAAGUGUCAGCUAGGGCUAGUUAGUUUUUUUGUUUCGUUUUAUUUUUUAUUGUUUGUUAACUCGACUGUCAAGCUCUUCCGUUAUGUAUGAAUGUCAUUUCUGAUAUGCUUGGUGAAUAAUUAGGCAAAAUUACUUGGUGGAUGAAGAAGACAAAUGCAGUAAUGUGCAGAGAUUUUCAUGCAUGGCAAGAACAUGUCCAGGUCAUAUUUUAACCAAACAUAGUAAAGUAACAAUUGAUAUAUUAUAUUUUGCUUGAAGAAAAUUAAUAUUUGAUAUUUUUGAGAGCCGUUACUUUUGGACAUUUUCAAAAAUCACAGUUUAUCCUGUGGUAUUAACAGUACUAUAAGUAAAAAAAGAAAAGAAAAUAUUCUCACACUUAUGCGAAACAAAUGGAAUAUGGAUAUGUUAUUUUAAGUAAGUAUCAUUUAUAUAUAGAUGAUUGUAUUUUUUUGUACUGCUUGUAUGCUAUAUAAAGGGCAGUUGUGGCCUAAUGGUUAGAGAGUUGGACUCGUGACCAGAAGGUUGCCGGUUGGAUUCCCAGGGCCGGCGGGUAACGACUGAGGUGCCCUUGAGCAAGGCACCUUACCCCUACUUGCUCCCCGGGCGCUGCAGUGAUAGCUGCCCACUGCUCCGGGGGUACGUGUGUUCACUACUCUCUGGAUGGGUUAAAUGCAGAGGUCACAUUUCGUUGCCUUGUACCUUCGUACAUGUGCAAUGACAAUAAAAAAAAAAAAUUGGAUUUGAAUUUUAAAUGCUUCAUUGUAAAAAAUAAAUGUGGGAAUGUAAAAAAAUGAAUGGUUCUUAAAAAGUAAUGACAUUUCUUUGUGCAAAACAUAAUUUCUUGGAAAUGUGAUCUUGACAUGUUUUUGUGAGAUUCACUCACAUUUUUGUUUAAACUGUGCCAAGCCAACUAUUGGUAGUGUUCAGAAAAUGACCGUUGUUGUUUUAACUGCUGAUGUAUUGUGAAUAUUUAUGUUGCACUGACCGUGGGGCACUGGUUAUCUGACUUAACCAGUCCUGAACAUUGCCCAUAGAUCGACAGUUUGUUUCAUUAAGUAGAUAAAGUCUGUUUUGUCAUUGUAUAUGUCAUGCAAGAGGAACAUGCGAAGAGUUUGCGUCUAUCCAUUUUGGCCAGUUCAGUAGGUUUGCUCAGUUUGAAGAUAAACCAUUGAUUUCAUGAACGUUGAAGUAAUGAGGUUUAGUGUACAGUAUUGGAUGAAUGUGAACUCAUAACUCAGCUGAUCUAAAAACUAAGCAUGGCACAAACUUUGAAAUGUUUCUGGUAUUUCAUGGUGUCUGGUUUUACAAAGUGUCUCAAACUGCUGUUUAAGGUCAAGCAGUGUUUGAUUACCAGUUUUAUUUAUUGAAUCCAAAUUAAAUAUCUGUGAGAAUGUAAACUCACAUAGAGCUGUCUGAACAAUGACCUCUCAAUGUUAAGCAUUGCAAGGCCUUGUCAAAACAUGUGCAAGUGAUCUGUAAUUUAAAUGUCCAGCAGGAUAUCUGCAAAUAAUAUAAUCUAUGAUCGUUUUGUAUAUAUAAUCUGUUUUUCUUUUUAUGUACAGUCCUUUUUUAUAAUAAAGCACUCUUCUG